UUCUUGCUGUGGCUUCUAGAUAAUUAAUAACCUAUUUAUUCCGUGCCUUCUCUGAAGGCCACAAACUAUUAAUUUCUAAAUUGAAAUUUUAGUAAAACGAAGCUAUUGCUAUGAAAUCUGGUAGAAAGAACCUCAAAAAGGCUUCUGCAGAAGAUGGCAUUUCCCUCCAAGAAGGCCAGAGCAUCAUGAAGGUUGUAUCACUUAGGGGAUCCAAUGUAAUUGAGGUUAUGGAUGCUGAAGGUGUAAAAUCUCUGGCUUUAUUUCCAGCAAAAUUUCAAAGAAGCUUCUGGAUAAAAACAGGAAGUUUUGUGAUUGUCGAUGAAGGUGGAAGGGAGAAGGCCUUGGAAUCGGGAGACAAAAUUGCAUGUAUUGUAUCUCAAGUUCUCUUUCAUGCACAAGUUCGUUCUCUUGAAAGAUCUCCUGACUGGCCUGCAAGCUUUAAAAAUGCUAGACCCGAGGAACCAAAGAAUGUUCAACUUCAGCCAGAGUCAUACCAUGGGGAGGUUCUAAAUUCUGAUAGUGAAGAUGACCUUCCACCACUGGAGGCAAAUUUGAACAGGCGGAGACCUGUUGAACUAUAUUCAGAUUCUGAUUCUGAUCACGAUGCUUAGACAAUUGGUGAUACAGACAUGAAGAUGAAUCCGACUUAAAAGAUGGAAGGUGUAACAUUGUAACUUGAUGGAACCUGGAAUGUAAGCAGAACUCUUCCAGUUGGCCGAGGAAAGAAACCUCACACAGCUUCUUGAAAAGAAACGAACUUCUGUAUUACUUUUGUUUAUUAAGAAUAUAAGAUUACUCUACAAAUAUACAGCCCUUAUUUAUAUGUUUUUACAGAAAACAAAACAAAUACAAUUGCUAGAGUAAACAAGUCCCUGUUAACCAAAAAACGGUACUAAAACAGUAACUAAGUAAUUGCAAGAAUUGGAACUUAACAACCUAAUGACAAUUUAAACAGAUCACUGUUACAACAAAUUUAUACAAUGUGGAGUAGUGCGUCUGUUAUUUCAUAUGUUUCCAUGCUGAAAUAUUUUAGAUGGAUGGUGUAACAUUGUAAUUGAGUAAAAGUUCAAAAUGGUCCCUCAACCAUCAAUAAAUAUCCAAUUUAGUCCAAGAGUAUCAUAUUCUUCCAUUUUAAUCUCUUGAAUAUUGAAAAUUGAGCUGAUUUGAUCCGUGACCGUUUAAAUUAACGGAGAGAGACGAAGAGGUUCGUUUCUUGGGAUCAUUUAAGUAAAAUACCUAUGCCAUGCUUCCUGAUAUACGUCAUGCACGCACCCUGCUAGAUGCGACACCUGGAGACCUUUUUGCGCAGGAGAAGCAAACGGCCUAGGAUAACAUGAACGAGGCAGCCGACCACUAAGGCAGCGACGCAUGCAAGGCAACAACACGAGUGAGCAUGCGACACGAGCAAUAGGUCGGGCAAAACGCACUGAAGCAUACUUCGAUGCGAGUGAGAUAAACCACAGACAGAUCUAGGUUUGUUGUUUCUCUUGGCCUCAAUUUUUUUGCUUCUAGUUCUUCCAAAGUCCAAGGUGCUGCCGCUGAAGUUCUGAAAGCUAGUGAUUGAAAUUUUCUUUGUACUUCUCAUGAAUUAACUUGAGCCUUUCUUGGUGCUAUGUAAGCAUAACAUAAUGGCAUACAUUCUAUUUUAGAGGUAGUCUAUUCUUGUGGAGCAAA